ACGAUACCAUAAUGGCCGAAAUAUUUUCUGAAGACUUAGUUGCAAAUUCUGAAAACUUAGUUGAAGAUUUUCAAAACCUAUAUGAGUUCAAGGAACAUUAUGAUACAAUUAUCACUGUUGGAGACGAACAAAACACUAAGCAAAUUUAUGCCUAUUCUCAAAUUUUUUGUGCUAGAUCAUCUUACUUUCGUAGAGUAUUAUCCGAUGUAUGGGCUAGUCUCUUAAUCCAAAAAUAUUAUACGUUCUUACAACAAAGUCCUAUUAGGAUGCUUCAUUUUAUUACCCAUCAUGAACGAUUCAAUGAAAUUAAAGAAGCUUAUUUGGAGACCAUUUGCAAAAAUCCUUCCUUACUAUUUGAUUCAGAUGAGUUUCUUUCUUUAAAGGAAAAUACACUAAAAUUAAUUCUUGAACGUGAUAACCUCGAUAUGAAAGAAAAAGAAUUGAAAAAAAAGUCAGAAAUUGGAAAUUUAAAAAUCACUAAAUUCACUAAACAACUCCAAGAAGCCGGCGGGAAAUCUUAA